UAAUCCCAUUCUCUCCAUUCUCUUCCGGGGGCUAAGUGCAGCUGGAACUAUCCUGCACCCCUGCAGCACCAACUCCAGUUUAAAAGGUUUUAAUGCGGUUAUUUCAUCAUGUAUCACCUCCCGGUACUGAAGAACAGGCGGACUCUGCUGGAGCGAGGAGAGAAAUUUAUCUCUGACGUUUAUUUUACAGACUGUAACCUGAGAGGAAGGCUCUAUGGAGACACUUGUCCACUUGAGUCCAUCACAGUGUUCCAGACUGCUAAGCGCAUCCCCUACUCAGAGGCAGUCCAGCAGAACUUUCAGCCAUGCAAAGUUGGGGAUUCCUUUGGACCCACAUGGUGGACUUGCUGGUUCAAAAUAGCCCUGAAGAUCCCAGAGGCCUGGAAGGGAAAGGAGGUUCAUCUGAGAUGGGAAAGUGAUGGAGAGGGAAUGGUAUGGCGAGACCAAGAACCAGUUCAGGGAUUGACUAAAGAGGGUGAAAAGACCAGUUACAUCCUGACUGAGUGCCUGACAGAGAAUGAACCUUACAGCAUCACACUGUUUGUGGAGCUGGCCUGUAAUGGACUUUUUGGGGCUGGACAAGGCUCCAUGAUUGCUGCCCCUGACCCUAAUAGAAAAUAUACUCUUCAGAAGGCUGAGCUUGUUGUUUUUAACCGUGAAGUGCAGGAACUUCUCACAGACUUUGAAAUGUUACUGGACAUUGUUAAGUUAUUAGGUGAAGGAGAGCAACGUGGCUAUCAGGCUUUGUUCACAAUGAACGAGAUGGUGAAUCUGUGUGACCCAGCCAAUCCUGGCACGUGGUCUAAAGCUCGGAGCCUGGCCCAGAAGUUCUUCAGCCAGAAGAAUGGGGAGAGCCAGCACAUUGUGCAUGCCAUGGGCCACUGUCACAUUGACUCAGCCUGGUUGUGGCCGUAUGAGGAGACUAUCAGGAAAUGUGCUCGGAGCUGGGUCACAGCAGUUCGUUUAAUGGAGAAAAACCCUGAAUUUAUCUUUACCUGCUCCCAGGCCCAGCAGUUUCAGUGGGUGAAGGACUGGUAUCCAGGCCUGUUCUCUCAGAUUCAGCACUUUGUGCAGAAAGGACAAUUUGUUCCAGUUGGAGGAACGUGGGUGGAGAUGGAUGGGAACUUGCCUUCUGGAGAGUCCAUGGUCCGACAGUUUCUAGAGGGACAAAACUUCUUUAAAGCAGAGUUCGGACAAUACUGCAAGGAGUUCUGGUUGCCAGACACAUUUGGUUACUCAGCUCAGCUUCCUCAGCUAAUGCAAGGCAGUGGAAUCUCCCGCUUUCUCACUCAAAAAUUAAGUUGGAACCUUGUGAACACAUUUCCACACAACACAUUCUUUUGGGAGGGUAUUAAUGGCUCCCUGGUGCUGACUCACUUUCCUCCGGGGAAUUCGUAUGAGAUGAAAGGCAGGGUUGAGGAUCUUAUCAACACCUUAAAGAAUAACAAAGACAAGGGGCGAGCGAAUCACAGUGCAGUGCUUUUCGGGUUCGGAGAUGGGGGUGGUGGCCCCACUCAGCUGAUGCUGGACCGGUUGCAGCGCGUACAGGAUUCAGACGGUCUCCCCAGGGUCCAUAUGUCCAACCCGGAUCGACUGUUCUCUGAACUCCAGGCUGAUUCAAGUCUGCUGUGUACCUGGUCUGGUGAGCUAUUUCUUGAGCUGCACAAUGGCACUUAUACCACACAGGCAAAGAUAAAGCUGGAGAAUCGUCGCUGUGAGGCUCUUCUGCAUGAUAUUGAGGUGGCCAGCUGCCUGGCUCUUACUCAAACCGCAGGUUUCGAAUAUCCAACAGAAAAGCUCCAGAAGCUGUGGAGGCUUCUUCUGCUCAACCAAUUCCAUGAUGUAAUUCCAGGCAGUUGCAUUGAAAUUGUGGUGGAGGAUGCCCUGGAAUAUUACAAUGAGAUUGAAAAGACAGGAUCUGGACUCCUGCACUCUGCCUGUAAUGCACUACGGACAAGUCCUUGGUUGGGAGCGGGUUCCAGUCCAGCCUUUCUCAACACGCUCCCCUGGGAACGCACUGAAGUCAUAGCACUGACAGAAGAUGGCGCUCAGACAAAACUAGCCUUGGUGAAAGCUCCCAGUGUGGGUGUAUCGCCAGUCACCGCAUCUGCUGAGUCUGUGUCUACGGUGUCCAUAACAGAGCUGGCUGAUGGCUCAGUCCGAAUGGAGAAUGGCCUUCUUUCGGCUGUCCUGGACAACAUGGGUCGCCUGGUGUCCCUGAUUUUAGUGCAAACAAACAGAGAGGCCAUAUCUGAUGGUUGUUUUGGCAACCAGUUUGUGGUGUUUGAUGAUGUCCCGUUAUACUGGGAUGCUUGGGAUGUAAUGGACUACCAUCUUCAAACCAGGAAGCCAAUAGUGGAUGUGACCCGGCCUGUUGAAGUGGUGAGCACUGGUGGGCUGCGAGGUAGUGUCAAAUUUUCUCUACAAAUCAGCGGAAAAAGCAGCAUAACUCAGGAAGUUAUACUGGAUGCCAACUGCCCAUACAUCAAGUUCAAAACACAAGUGGACUGGGCAGAGGCCCAUAAGUUCCUUAAGGUGGAGUUUCCUGUGCAAGUGCGAAGUCCCAAUGCCACCUAUGAGAUCCAGUUUGGUCACUUGCAGAGACCAACACACAGAAACACAUCCUGGGAUUGGGCUCGCUUUGAGGUCUGGGGCCAUAAAUGGGCUGAUCUCUCAGAGCAUGGUUUUGGUGUGGCUCUUUUAAAUGACUGCAAAUACGGCUACUCUGUUUAUCAGAAUAUCAUGACCUUAUCCUUGCUACGAGCUCCAAAAGCUCCUGAUGCAAAUGCAGAUAUGGGACAACAUGAGUUCACAUACGCUGUGAUGCCACAUGCAGGCUCUUUCCAGGAAGCAGCAGUCAUACAGCAUGCGUACAACUUGAACUUCCCGCUGCGUCUGAUCCAUGACGUUAAGGUGGCCCAGCCCUGGAGUGCGUUUACUCUGAAUACAUCAGCUGUCAUCCUGGAAACUGUGAAACAAGCGGAAGGAAAGAAGAACGCCCUUGUCAUUCGUCUGUAUGAAUCCCAUGGAAGCAGUGUGUCUGCAGUGCUGUCUACUUCCCUUUCAGUGCAGGAGGCAUGGUAUUGUGACCUGUUGGAACGUCCUGAUACCGCUCACCCUGCUUCAUUCACUGGUUCCAAAAUCUCCCUCACAUUUAAACCCUUUCAGAUCAUCUCACUCCUGCUACAACUGCACUGAGCACAGAACAGCUGGUCGAUGUUUUACAAGGAUAUUUUUUUAUAAUUAUAAUGAAGCAUUGUUUUUUUUCUACAUAUAUUUCUACACUUUUUUUGCAAAUAUGUUCUGUUAAAUUGUAUAAGGUAAUUGUUAUAUUUGUAAUUUCUGUAAUUAUAUUGCCGAUAUGUUUUGUAAAUCACAAAUAAAAUCAAAGAACACAAAAACUACAAAUCAGACUUUAUGAAUUAAAACAGGCUUUUUAAUCACAAUCAUUAAAAAAAUAGUCAGAAUACAGUAUAAAAAUACAGUACUGCAAUAACAGCUUCACACAGUAGUUCAGAUAUAUGUCCUUUUUAUACAUUUUUUCAGUUCAAAUAUGUAUGUUUAUAUGUAUUUUUUUGGAUUUUCUGAAAUUGUUUUUAAUUAUCUUCCAAAUAAAUUCAGUUUUAGCUUGUCUACAUGUUGCAUAAAUCACAAAAAAAAAACUAAUUAUAAGGUAAGGCUUAAUAAAAUAGACAGAUUAAAGUAUAAAAAUACAAAACCCUUAACAGUGAUCCUACAAAUCUUUAGUUCAUAUAACAAAAACAAAAAUCUAACUUUAUAGUUUACCCUUUGGGGGAAAUGCAGUUUUACAUGCACUCCUGAAAAUAAAGGUGCUUCAAAGGGAUCUCUGUACAACGAUAUAGAAAAACCACGUUUUAUUUAGUGAAGAACCUUUACAUUGGCAAAGAACUUUCACAUCAAGUUCCAAAAGGUUCUUUAGACCUAAAAUAUCAAUGAUCACAUACCAAUUUUUUUCUAAACUGCUGUUCUUUUCUUCCUCCGAGAUGUAGCGGUGCUUCUCCCUUUAGUGUUGCUUUCAUGUCCACUCUGCCUUCUUGUGCUCCUAGUCCUGCUAGCCUGAGGCCCUGGAAGAAGCCAGAGAGUUCUGCUGUUAGAAAUGGUUAUUGUGACUAAUUUGAUAAAUAAAUACAAAUAAAAGCUUGUAAAAUUA